UUCCCCAUCGCACUUGUAACAUUUGUUGCCCGAAGGUUGCAAACGAACAAUGACUAUCUGAUAAUGCGCUCCCAUGAUUUAUUGACAGGAAUCGAGUUAUCAUUGGCAUUCCUACUUAACAGUCUUAAGACUUCCCAAGAACGCCAGACCAAUAACAGACUCACUUUUCAAGCUCGAUUUCAAUCCCCUUUUACUGAUACUCAUUACCUCACGGAAUGUUUGCUUUCCCUUCAUUGAACUUGCUACUUGGUAAAUAGUCUCCGUGGCUUGCUUCUUUUGAAAGAUAAUUAUUACCAACAACGGAUUAUGGCGUUUGUGAAAUAUUUUCCCAGCUUUAUCACACCUCGGCUCAAAGGUGACCGACACGAGGGAAGAUGACCCAUUGGUUCGCUAAGUCCACGUUGCUGCCCAUCAUCAACGCUGCUCAUCAUUGGGAUUGCGAUGGGUCCACCGUUAUUAGCUCAAGAAAAGGAGGGUCCUCGGAUCAAGAUCCUCGGGGUUGAAUGGGAUUAGUCAGUUCAGUUUGUCUUGUCCACGCCGACACAUCUCAUUCAGUCUUUUAUCCUUCUUGGAAUCGAUCAUGGCUCAAGGAUACCAUUACACAUUCCGCGUCUUGUGCUUUGUACUGGCUUUUGUGCACGGAGAAGGGUGGAUUGUUGAAAAUUCAGCAGAGAUGUCUCCACCCACUCCUCUUUCAAAGUUUGACUUGGAUCUGUCCAUGAGCGUCUCUUUUGGGGCCAAGAUUGCCAUUAAAGAGUGCGGCCAUCAGUUUCGUUACGAGCAUUGGGAUUGUCCCAAGCAAGCGUUUCACUCCAGAGGACCUUCCAUCCGGGAAACGGCGUUCAUUCACGCCAUAACUGCCGCUGGCAUUGCUCACACCCUUACCAAAAAUUGCUCAAACGGCGAGUUCGGUGAUUGUGGGUGUGGCGUGAAUAAGCCGCAGAAAGAUGUCCGUUGGAAGUGGUCGGGUUGCAGUGACAAUUUUCACUUUGGGGAUCAAGUCGCCAAGAAGUUCUUGGAUGGAAAAUCAUUGGCCAAUCUACACAACAACGAAGCUGGACGAGUGGCCGUGAGAAAGACAAUGAAGCGGGUCUGCAAAUGCCACGGCGUUUCAGGAUCUUGUGCCACUCAAACUUGCUGGACCACUUUGGCAGAUUUUCGGGCCGUGGGAAAUUAUUUGAAGAAGAUGUACAAGCAAGCGCUGAGGGUGGAUUAUACCAAUGGCAAUCUGAACGAGAUCAUCACCGAAAACAACUCACACAGGGUCAAUAGGAAGCGGCAAACCACUGAGAGGGCCUCUUGGGAAUACAGCCAGAACUCGGCCAUACCCUUGUCGAACUUGGAGAGUGCGAGAAGGAGGCGAUCUCCGAAGAUCAAAAAGCGGAAGCUGGUCUUCCUUCAGGACUCACCCAACUACUGCCGAAGCAAUGCCGCAGAAGGCAUUCGUGGUGUCAUAGGCCGGUCAUGUAUAGCCGAGCCGGCCAACGAACCAGACCCCAAGAAGCUCUUGGCGAAUGUGAGGACUUGUGCGAAGUUGUGCAAAGCAUGUGGCCUAAAGAUCCAUCGAAAAGAGGUACAAGUGGCCUCCUCUUGUAAUUGUCGAUUUCAAUGGUGCUGCCAAGUCACUUGUCAAACCUGCUCCAAGAAGCGCAUCGAAAUCACGUGCGUCGUAUAGAAAACUCACCCACUCCUCUGCGUCCUCUGCC